AUGGCCACUUUUGAUGUGUCUCAAGAUUUAUUUAGGAAGUUGGUUAGCAUGCUUACUGAUUGGCUAAAAGCAUUAGAUGAACUUACUCAAGAAGAGGAAGGAGUUUUCAAAGCUUCACAAGAGUUACAUAAUCUUAAUGCUGACCACAAAUGCACAUCUUCAGUAGACGAAAUAAUGUAUUCAGUACGUAGUACGUAUGAAUGUAAUAAAAGUGCAAACCAACAGUUACUUCUUAAACCUUUGGAGAAAAUUUGUGCUGUACUACCUUCUAUAAAUGAUAUUUUUAUUGAGCGAGAAGAAAUUCUAAAAGAAAUCACUCAGAAAUCUCGAAAAUUCGGAAAUCAGAACCCAUUGAACAUGGAGCGGAAAUUUCCACGAAGCUUAGAAAAGUAA